GUCGCGGAAGCGGCUGCGAGCCGCCCCGAUAUCUGAUUUUGCCACCCGGAUCACGUGUCCGGUCCUGAUUCAGAUUUCGACGCUCUUCCAUUUGAGCGCUGAUGCAUGAUGUGCGUUUCCAUUUCCAUUCUGACUCAUGGGUCCUUACAUACAUGCCAGGUCAAGUGCAUCGGUCGAAGUCUCCGUCGUGACUUGUGCAUGCUAGGUCCUGACGACGUGCAGGCGUUCUUUUACCUGCAGAACGGCCAGUCGUCUGAAUGAAUGGAAGCGCUCGCCGACGUCCAUUUGUCUGAGCAGCUCACCCGGCAGGCUUUUACUGUAGCCAGACCUCCUUGGACGUCUCCGGCAAAGCCCGUUCCUGUGACAACGAAAGAAUAGAAUUUCCAUGCCGUCACAGAUCAUCGCUCACUCGGAAGCCCCGUCAAAAAUGGGACGCCCCAGGUCCUCUACGCUCUUCUCUCCUUUCAUCUUCUUCGUCUCGUCGUCCUUUCCCCGCCUCCCCUUCCCAUCCCCUUACAUCUACGACCGCCCGGCUGCCGGCCUACUCGUCUCUCGCUCGCUACACGAAAACGCCACCGCCCUGCUCGACGCACACCCACGAUGGUCGCGUCGAAUCCUCUCUACUCGGGAUGGUCGGUGCAAAAGUUCCAGGCCACAGUCAUCAACGACGUGUGGCCCGAGGUCCUGUUCUUCUCCUCCGUCGCUGCCAUGGUCUCGGCUGUCACGCAGCUUACGAAGCAUAGCUUGGGGAUCUCGAAUGCCCUGCUGACGGUGCUCGGUACGGUGUUGGGUCUCGUCAUCUCGUUCCGCACGAGCACUGCGUACGAGAGGUACCAGGAAGGCCGAAAGCUCUGGACGACCAUCAUCAUCUCGUCGCGGCAUAUUGCUCAGAUGAUAUGGGUGCACGUGCCCACCGAGCGGACCGACAAGAACAAGCGCAAGCUGUCGACGCUGGAGAGCAUCAUCGAGAAAAAGAGCAUGGUCAACCUCGUGCAAGCCUUCUCCGUGGCCGUGAAGCACUUCCUCCGGGAUGAAGCGGGCAUCUACUUCGAAGACCUGUACCCGCUCAUCUGCUUCCUGCCCCGGUACGCCACCACCACCGGCGAACCCACGGCCGCGGACAUGCUCCCGCUCUGGGACGCGUGCGACGACGAGGAGUUCCCGCUCACGAGCGCGCCCACGACGGCCGCGCCGACGCGGGCCAACACGCCGUCGACGAUGAACCUCGACGCGAUGACGAACCCGGACCUCGACAAGAUCGCCGGGUCGAGCUGGCGGUCGGCGCGGCGCACGGGCAACAAGGCUUUCGACCCCGAGGCGGCGCUGGCGGACAUCCAGGCGCACCGCCCGCUGAAGCCGUCGCGCAACCCGCCGCAGACGACGCUGCUCGACUACUUCCCGUUCUUCCGCAUCUUCGUGUGGCUGUUCAGCUCGUGCAGCCGGCGCCUGACGCGCCGCGCGCGGAAUAUGAAGAGCAAGCACGCGCCGCUCACGGAGAGCAACGUCCCGCUCGAGAUCACGAUCUACCUCAAUGCGUACAUCGCGCAUCUGAUCAGCAACGCCUGGGUCAUGCCCGCGUUGGCGACGGGUCUCUUGAACAACGUCUCGAUGCUGCAGGACUGCAUGACGAACUUGGACCGCAUUGCGUCGACGCCUCUGCCGUUUGCGUACCAGGCCCACCUGCGCAUGUCGCUCUGGAUGUACCUGUUCUUCCUGCCGUUCCAGAUCGUCGAGCCAUUCGGAUGGCUUACCAUCCCGGGCACCGCCUUCGCGUCCUUCCUGCUGCUCGGCUUCCUCGAGAUCGGCCAAGAGAUCGAGAACCCGUUCAACUACGACCUGAACGACCUGGAUCUCGACGCGUUCUGCCUCUCGAUCCAGCGCGAGCUGCACGAGAUCACGGCGCACACGUCGCCGGACCCGACGCAGUUCGUGUUCAGCGCGUGGAACCAGCCGUUCGCGCCGACGGACCGGCGCAGCGCCGAGGAGCUGCUCAACGACGAGGAGUACACGCACGCGGACCACGGCGACGCCGAGCCCGGCAUCAGCAGCAUCCGCCGCAUCUUGCUCCGGAACUGGAAGGAUGUCGACCGCAUGACGCGGGAGUGAGCGCGGUGCCUUCUUUGGUGCCUUCUUUCCUUCCUCUCUCUCUCUUCUGGGGCGCUCGUUCGUAUUGUUGUUUUCCUGUCCUGUCAUGUCCUGCUCUCGUCGCAUCGUCAUCCACUCCCACAUUCAAAUAGAGUAACUACAUCCGCAUCCAUCACCUAGCAUACUUGUCUGCCCAACGGACGCACCCGCCCACUCUCGCUUUCCACCCCCGUCGUAGCAUUUUGCUUAUUUAUCAUAGACCCGGUCUGAAUGUGCUGCAGCAUUUCCGCGAUGCAUCGCGCACGACGGGUUGUUGCUUCGUGGUGAUCUGCCCGACUGGGACAGAUUACUGUGCUUUCCCCGUCGGUCUGGUUCAUCUUCGGUCCGGGAACCUUGUUCCCCUGAUUUCUCAACGGUUGCGAGGGCAGUUUCAAUUCGAUGCCCACAGCUCGGAAUUGGAUACUGUAGCUUGACUGCAUCAUCCCUGCGGCGGGAUCGUCCAGCUGGGUGAAUCCGCUCGCUUGUUUAGCAUGGAGACGCUGAGAUCACUCUCAUCCGCGGUGCUGACCCAGCUUCGUCCCCGUGUCCGUUAACGAAGACUGGUUGCCCGCACGUUUCGGGCUGGAUGUCUUUUCGAGCAGCCUCAGUAGGGUGAUUGAGAUACCUGGAAUGCUGAGGGUCCGGAACGCUCCCGCAUGAGAGAUCUCGUCGAGAACACCCGGGCUCACACUGUCUCUUCGGUUGCACCCUUACGCUCACAUGGUCACUGCGCAGGUUGGAGUCCCGUGCGAUACACGUGACCGCGUAGGGACCCUGAAACUUGACGGUGAUCAUACUUGCGCAUCUGAUUUUCCGUCCGCUGCUCUGACUUGAAAUUGAUUAACUUGACUCUCCUUUAGGCGUCAACACACAGUUGGCUCGCGUCGUUCACCGGCUUCCUCUCAAUACAAGCCUGUUUGCGUGCUGCUGUAUCCUCGAUCUAAUAUGAUCACCUCACAGUUGCGAGACAUUCUGUGGAGAAUGAGGGGGUUGUCUGCCUCAGAAAAGAAUUGCACGUGGAUACCGUGUCUAGGAUUUGAGUGUGUAUCAAUGGUGUAUUAAUGUUCACCGCAUGCGCU